GAAACAACAGGAUGUUCUUCUGAACCAGGAAAAGCUUGAAAACAACGGCAACCUUUGCCAACAACGUGUAUUUAUGAUUUUAUGUGCGUUGCAAUUAAUCAGCAAGAUGAUUUGGAGAGUGCAGUAGCUGUGUACAUUUUCCGUCUCCUCAUUCUUUGGUCACGCGUGUGUAUGUUGCACUAACUCACUGUAUUACCGAAUCUUUCUUGCUGCAUCGCCAUCGCUGCCUUGGUUGGUGACAGGAGGCUCUGGAGAAGGAGUGUCCAUCAAGUCCUGAAGGACCAUAGCUUGGUCAUGAUGGACCACAGGAGAGCUCUAACCAUUUCACUGGCCGUUGACAAGGUGGAUAACGCUCAAAUGGGAAGUCCACUCAAAAUCCCUAAGACCCUCCUUUCUUCAGAGUUGGGAUGUGGGAAUGAAGAGUCACAGAUUCAUUGGUCCCAGAUUGCUGGAGACAGAAUCAAACUCCAAGAUUCCCGUCAGCAGAAUGGAUCCAUCUCUUUAGAUCAUGGCCAGGUGGCUUUAGCCCAAGCGGCAAUGGACAGGCAGAUCCAGUUGGUCCUCACGGACGUUUUAAAGACUGAACAGGGGCUGGCCUACCUGGACAAGAAAAGGCGUGGCCUGAUGACUGGCAAUGGAGAGAGAAAGAGAGAGUCGUGGGUGGGGAGUGGGCAGAGGAGGGUGUCUCAGAGCAGCAGAGAGGGGGGAGAGGAUCGGAGAGAUGAUCCCCAAUACAGAAAGAGACCCCAUGACCACGACACACCCACUUCGACCCGCAAGGAGACGAGGUCACACCACAGAGGGGGUUCAGAGGAAGAAGAGAUGAAAGAAGUGAUAAUAGGAGAGGAGAACGAGGGUAGUGUGUCAGGGAGGCGCAGGUCCGGGGUACCCCUAGAGGAGAUGACCUUUACUGAGGGGGACAGGCACCAGAAAAAGCGUUACCCACAAUCCACCAGGACCAGGAAGUCCAAUUCAGGUUCAAGUGAAUCCACACGCGCUGAGAGGGAGAGAUGUAGGAGGGAGUCUGGGCUCUACUGUAAUGGACAGGUGAAGGAUGGAUGGAUGAAGGAUGGAGUGGUGGAGAGCUUGACCACAGACACCUCCAGGCGCUCCAGGGGGAGCGUGCUGCGCCUGUCCGGGGAGUCCAGAGGCGUGGGAGGACUGCUCCCAAAACGGCUCUGUCUGGAGGGGACAGGGGCCAGAGACACCAAUGUAGCAUCCAUAGAGGUAGAGGUGGAUCCCUCUGACUUUGACGGGACCUUGAUGGUUGUCACUGUGGGGGAAGACGAGGAAGUUGUUAGCCCCUCUAACCCCAGCUGUGGAAAGGAGAGGAGAGGAACCCUGAGGCUGUGCCUGUCCUCCAGCCAGGAUAGGUCAGCCAAACCCAGCCCUGCUGAACCCAUUGUUCUCUCCAGUGAUGAGGAGGAGGUAGUCACCCCGUCCCGCAGUUCAGUCCUUCGGCCACAGACUGGCGCUAGUGAGUCUAAGCCCCAGAGAAAUCAUUCUCAGGAACAAAUGGUGGCAGAGAUGCACUCUAAGUUGGUGCCUGUGGUGGUGACCGGAUUUGGGGUGGCCCCCUUCCCCAGCACUGAGGACUCUGAGAAUAUGGGCCUGCCCUUCUCUUCCCUGCACUGUGGGGGGGUCCGUGGGGAGGCCAGCGGGAACCUCAGGAUCACAAACCAAAGAAUCAUCAUACCAAUUCAAGAGCCUUUGGGCCUGGUAGAAGUGAUGGUGACUGUGGAGCGCUGUCAGCUGUGGCGGUACAGCGUCUGGGACAGGGAGGAGCUACAGGAGAGAGGGCUGGGGUGGGAGAGUGAGGGGGAGAGGGGGCAGCCCCCCCCCGCCCUCCUCCUCCUCUACGUGUCAGACACCCAGGCAGCCGCCGUCCAAGAAGACCUGAGUGAGCUGUCAAUCAAACAGGCCUUAGACCCACCCACUGGUCAAGCCAGUCCCUUUCUCUUGCUCACUCUGUGCGACCCUCUGGAGGGGGUGGAGGGGGCUCUCCUUCGCUCCAUCCUCGACAUCAUCUGUCUCAACAACACCCCGCACGUCGACGCUGCACGGCUCCGUGGCAGCUCUCCUGUCAACUGGGUUGUUGACCUCCACAGUCCCCUCCUGUCAUUGGAUGACAGUCUGGUGCUGGUCAGCAGAACUGGACUGGAUCCGCAGCUACUCUCCCUACUGGGCCAUAACAGUGCCAAGCCUGGGACAGAGCCAGACCAGGACCAAGAACCAGAACAGGACAGAGACACACCUGGGCUGGAGCUGGACCCUCUGGAUCGAGAGGUGGAGGGGGAGUUACAGACACGACCAGACACAGAGACAGACGUACAGAUGGAGGAGGAGCAGAGGGAGGUAGAGGUCGUACCCCUCACUGAGGGGAGUCCAGUCCAGCCUAGACCCGUGUACACAGUGUGUCACCACAGAACCAGAGGCUCCUACUCUGUGUACCUGGGCCCCAAGCCUGGCUCCAACUGGACCCGGUACACACACCAGGGCCCCACACGCAGGUUGAUCCAGUUUCCUCCACCGCCUUCCAAAGGAGGGAUCACCGUGACAACAGAAGAUCUGGAGUGCCUUGACAAUGGCCAGUUCCUGAAUGAUGUCAUCAUCGAUUUCUACCUCAAGUAUCUGCUCCUGGAGAGGGCUCCACAAGAUGUGGCUGAUCGCUCUCAUGUCUUCAGCAGCUUCUUCUACAAGCAGCUCACACGUAGAGACAACGCAAGUGAGGACAGCACCAGCAUCUCAGCGCAGCAGCGGCGGCACCAGAGAGUGAAGACAUGGACACGACAUGUGGACAUCUUCAAGAAAGACUUCCUGUUUGUGCCUGUCAAUCAGGAAGCCCACUGGUACUUGGUGGUGAUCUGCUUCCCUGGCCUGGAGGAUCCCCAGUGUGAGGAGUGGAGCAGCCCAGCCUCGCUGAGGGGAACAGGGGUGGAGAAGCCAGGCAAGGCCCAGGCUGAAGAGAAGGCCUCCGGGUCUGAAAAGCUUAAUGGUGUCACUGAUGUUCCCCCUGGUCCCACCAACACUGACAACCAAGACAAACUGACACUUACAGUUUCAGAGAGUGUUGUCCAGGGUGACUCAGUACUCCAGCCCCCUUCUGGUCCUCCGGACUGCACUGAGAAGACCUGCCAUAGAGAGAAUGUCUGUAAAAGACCCUGCAUUCUCAUCAUGGACUCCCUCAAGUUCUCUCUCCAUGAGCGUGUCUUCAAACUUUUACGGGAGUACCUGCAGUCAGAGUGGGAGGUGCGUCAGGGCUCUGUGCGUGAGUUCAGUUCUGAGCAGAUGAGAGGCUCCCACUGUAAAGUCCCUCUACAGGACAACAGCAGUGACUGCGGCCUAUACCUGCUGCAAUACGUUGAGAGUUUCCUGCAGGACCCUGUGGUGCACUUUGAGCUCCCCCUGCGCCUAGAACACUGGUUCCCACGGCAACAGGUGCGGAGGAAACGAGACGAAAUCAGGGACCUGGUGUUGAACCUGUACAGACACCAGAGGGGCAUGGUGGGUAGUAUAGGAAACAUGGGAAAUGUAGGCAGUUAGGCACAGUAACCGCCUUCGGAAUCUGCUCAUGCUGAGCAACCAGGAAAUUGACAUUUCAGCCAGUGAUAUGGAAAUAUGAUUUCUUAGACAAUAAGCGUAUGUAGUUGUUUCACCGGCCAGCAGGGCCGUUCAAACAUACAGUACAUGCAGAUGUCUCAUCAUGUCAACAAGAAAUUAGCCCCUAACAUCAGAUGUUGCUUUAAUGAUGUAAAUCCAACUGAGGAUGGAUAUAAAAGACUUGCUGUUGAGUUGCUGUAGCUCAGGUUCUUGUUUGAAGUUGGUGCAUUAAAGGGUCAUUCCACAGUAAUUCAACAGUUAAAACUGUUAUUCUUUACCGUUUCAGUAGAAUGCCCCUUUAAAGAGUCUGUCCCCACUGCACCUUCUAGAUAGAACCACAUACCACCACUAUAGCCUCAUUUAACACAAGAGAUCAGAUUCAACAGGGUUUCCCUUUUAUUCUUUUACCUGUUUUAUGAUGAAUUUCCCCCCCAUGUGAUUCUAUUGUAAAUGUUAUGUCAGUUUGAUUUUUAUAUGUGGAUUUUGUUUUAAAAUGUACAUUUUGAUGAAAACGUGUUUUGAAUAUGAAAUAUAAUAAAUGCAUUUGUAGUCGGAA